AUGAAUAGGAUGAAAAAAUUAAUACAUUAAAAAGGUCUCCUACCUGAAAAACCUUCAUAAAACGAUUUAUUGAAUGAGGCAAGGUUGGCCUUUUUAAAAAAACAGAAAACUAAAAAGGAAUAAGAAUAAAUUGAAUUAUUUAUGCUGUCUUUAAGUUUCGUAUAAAAAUUGAAAACACAAUAUGGACCACUUAUUGUGGCUGAUUUAUGUAGAAACCUAUCCUAUAUGAGAAUCCCUGCAGGCACUUAGAUCAUUUAAAUCAAUAAAGAAAACAGGACAUUUUAUGUAAUAUUAUCCGGCAAAGUAAGUAUCAGCAUUUAUGUUCAAAAAGGUUAAAGGAAAAGUUCUUUGAAAGUCAUUUAAAACAAUAACAUUACUUAACACUCCAGUCUAUAGUAAAUAUAAUAAGCCUCAACAACUGGCACAAUACACACUCAACCGUCUUUAAAAGGCGAAGAAGAAUAAUUCAGUCUUUAAGAAAUCAAAACACUGGAGUAAGGUGAUUCAUUCGGAGAAUUAGCCUUAAUAAAGGAUAACCUUAAAGCAACAGCAACGGUCACAACUAAGUCAGAUUGUGAGUUUGGUUGUUUAACUCGCAAACAAUAUAUAGAUAUUUUAGGGAAAAUCAGCAAAAAUUUACAUCAUGAAAAACUAGUCUUUUUGUAAACAAUUCCUCCUCUGAAGUAGUGGAAUGAUGAAGAUCUUAAACAAUUGUCUUAUUAUUUGGUGUUGAAGCAUUAUGUAAGAAAUUCAAUAGCCGUUAGAGAAGGAGCAGAUAACUCUUAAAUUUUUGUAGUCAAAUAUGGAGUAUUUCAUGUUGUGAAACAGUUUUAAGGAUAAUAAUUAAUAUUAAGCGAGCUUUAAGAAUCUGAAAUUUUUUAUCAACAUCCCAGUGAAUUGAAAUAUUAAUUCUCUCUGAGGUGUGCUUCAGAUGGUUCCAGCUUAUAUGAAUUCUCACACUACGACUUUAAGAAAUAUGCAGAAAAUAAUAAUUUAGAAGACUUCGUUAAUUUAGAAGAAUAAAAAUAGGUUUGGAGAAUGAAGAAGUUUGAAGAAAGAGUCUAUGAUGUUAGGGAUGUACAUCACCAAGAAUAAGAACUUAUUGAAACUAAAAUUGAGUUUAAGAGAACAAUUAAAUUAUAUGAAGAACUUAAAAUUAGGUGUAGAUCUGCUAAGAGAAAAAAGACUUUAAUUAAAGUCGAAGAAAAUUAGAUCCAAAAAACUUAAAGGUAAGCUCAAAUGGCUUUAAAGAAAAAUUAAAUCCUUAGAUUUGGAGAUGAUUCGAGUGAAAACUCUUUCACUCUUCCAGCUAUCAGGAGUACUUCAAGAAAAAAGAUUUAUGUAGAUUUAAUUGAUACAGAAAAGAGUUUUGAAACACUCGACUAAUAUAAUAUUGGUGAUUCGGAAAAAUAUUAAUUGUAUUUUGACCAUUCACAUCCUUGGAGGAAUGUAAAUCCAAAAAAACAAAUGUUUAAUUGA